UCUCUCUCCUUGUCUCGCGACUGCACGUCAAUCUGCCACACGAGCUCUCACAACGUCGACUGCCGCUUUCGCUUCUCAAAAGCCACAGACACUCGUCUCACAGCCGUCCCAACCGACUGCAUCCCUCUUGAUGCAACCAACAUUUUGUUGGAUUAUCAUGCGAUUACAGAACUAAGACCCAAUGAAUUUAGUAAGUUUGUACAUCUAAAGACCAUAAGUCUGGAGUACAAUCGUAUCUCGAAGAUCGACGAUACGGCAUUUGAUGGACUCGACAAUCUAUCAUCACUGAAGUUGCAUUAUAAUGAGUUGACCGAGUUUCCUGUGGUCGGCGCAAAGAGAAUCGUUCAUCUAGAAUUGACUGAGAAUAGGAUUACCCAAGUUGCUCCCCAACACCUCACAAAUCUGACCGAAUUGGAAUCGUUAAAUUUGAACGACAAUUUGAUUACAAAGAUUGAAGACUUUACGUUUGUGGAUGCUUGCAAGCUUACAAACCUAUACCUGAGGAGAAAUCGUCUGGAGACUCUCGGAACGUACGCGAUGGCGGGAGCUGCAAUUGAAUUAUUAGACAUCAGAGAAACCGACGUCACGAAUUUCCCGACAGCCGGACUGCAAAAUCUUCGUGAACUCCGCGCCACGUCGACUCGCUCACUAAAGUCGUUUCCGUCGCCGCCCAGCCUGCCGUCAAUCCGCAAACUCUCUCUUACCUACAACAGCCACUGCUGCAUGUACGCCGACGCGACGUACGGCACGGUACCGGCGCCACUGCCGGAAUGCAACCCGUCGCCGACACCCACCGGCGACGAGACAAGGGAUUUGGAUGCGGAGAUCAGUAGGAGACGAAGCGACGCAGCUAGGGCAUUUUGCCGUACUCAAGCGCCGCUCUGCUUUGAGAAACUGCCCGAAGGCGUCUUUCCGUCGUGCGAUCCAAAUGGUCCGGCUGUCUAUCAUCUGCCAGGGGGUGACGUGACGGUGCCGCGAUGCAGCACGUCGGCGCCGACUACCGCGCCAAACACAGUUCCCGCCUUUUUACCAUGUGACCCAGACGGUCCAGUUGUGCAUCAUUUGCCACAGGGCGACUUGACGGUCCCGCAAUGCAACGAGUCGGCGCCGACGUCCGUGCUAAUUCCGAUCCCCACUGGACGACUAGUCAACACGAUGAACGCGCCCGACCGCCUGCCCGUCGUUUGCGCACCGUUGCCCGACGAUUUCAACUCGUGCGACGACGUGAUGGGCAACUGGGUGCUCCGGAUCGCCGUCUGGCUCGUUGUCGCCGUCAACCUUGUCGGCAACACGACGGUCGUCGUCGUUUUUGCGGCGAACUCGAAGCGAUUCAACGCCGUCAAGCUUCUUCUCUGCAACAUGGCGUUCGCUGACGGUCUGAUGGGCGUCUAUCUGGUCGUGUUAGCGAUUGUUGACGCGUCGACGUACGGCGCGUACGCCGACGACGCGAUUGCCUGGAAGACGGGCGGCGGGUGCGCAACUAUUGGCUUCUUGUCGGUGUUUGCAAGUCUUCUCUCGCUCUACACGCUCGUUGCCAUCACGUGCGAGCGUUUCUACACGAUCCAUUAUGCGAUGUAUGGGAGAAAGUUGGGAGUCAAACAGGCGGCCGCCGUCGUUGCAGUCGGAUGGGCGUACGCCUUCAUAAUGGCGUUACUGCCGCUCGUCGGCGUGUCGAACUACACCAGCACGGCCGUCUGUCUACCAUUUAGUCUAGAGAACGGCGGACGGGCGUAUCUGACGUUCGCAUUGAGUCUCAAUCUCGUCGCCUUUGUCACUAUCGCUACCAUCUACGUGUACCUUUUUUGCAGCAUCGCGGGACGCGGUCCGAGGGCGCGCAACACGGAUUUCUCCGUCUUUAAGAAGAUGAUGAUUCUCGUCAUCGUCGACUUCAUGUGCUGGAUGCCGAUCAUUGUCGUCGGUCUCCUCUCCGCUAAUCGCUCCGACGUCGCCGUCUCGUUGGCGUCCGCCAAGUGGAUCGUCGUUUUCAUCUACCCGUUGAACUCGUGCGCGAAUCCGUUUCUCUACGCCAUAUUUACGAGGCCGUUUAAGCGGGAUUUCUUCGAGUUUUUCCAUCGAUUUGGCCUGUUUGAAGAGCAGUUUUUUAAGCAUUCUCGUCCGUCGUCGUUUCGACGGUCUGACCGGACGCCUCGCCCGCGGUCGGCCAGUCAGUACGAAAUGACGAGCGACGAUAAUUUGGGGAGACACCGUCAGCCGCGUUUGUCCGUCAGUACGAAUAUCUCGGUUGUGUACAGCUCGUCGAACGGCCAAGCGGUCGAGAUGCAGGAGAGCGCUUUGUGCUCGACGAGGAGCGUGUUGGAGAGCGUGACGGAGACGGUAGAGAAGGGAGUGAUGAAGACAGGCGACGGAAUCAUAACGAACGGCGGGAUGAAGACGGACGGCGGAGACGAUGCGGAACCGCGGCAUAACGACCGGUCACUCGCGACGCCUGAACAACAAGAGAGACCGAACAGCAGAUCGGGGUUACUGCCCGUUACUGGUAAGGUGGAGGAAGAAGGUGAGCGGCGCGAAGAAAUAACAGAUAUAGUGGUCGUGUAGUGUAUAUGUAUGCAUGCAGCUUGGGUAUACUUAGAUGUAAGUGUCGCGAUGGCUACGCGAUGGCUACGCGAUGGCUACGCGAUGUAAACGUUAGCUUUUUGGUGAUAUUAAUAGUCAUGACGAAAUUAACUAAUUAAGUAGGUAUCUAUCUACCUUGUUGAAUGUAGGUGUUGCUUGUUUGAGAAUUCGUUUUUAUAGAUUAUGUAAAUUAUAUCAUGCAGCGAAU